AUGUCCACAUCUAGGAAGCACCCGGCUGCCGCCCGAGGCAAGGCCUCCGCCAAAACUCAAAACGAUGCACCCGACAUUCCAAGAUUUCGAGAUGACAGGGCGUCCAAAAAUUACAUAAAGAGCUUGCCUAGAAAAGUUGCAUCCACCAAAUUUGUGUGCAAACCCACGCUUAUAUCAUUAGGGGUUCUUGAAGGGGUCACCCAAAUGUUCCGUAACAUUGGGUGGGAAAACCUUCUCAACCUCAUGGCACACACUUACGAGCUCCCCACUAGAGAGUUUCUUGUUGAUUGCGUGUACGAUAGCGAAAAAACAAAAGAAGCAUUCCAACUUUUAGGGGACCAAAGGUACAUCGAUUUUGCAACAAUAAACGACAUCUUGGGCUUGCCUUCUUCAAACACAUCCACAGUUUUUGACAUCUUACAUGCUGAGUUCAAUCAUAAGACCUUUUGGACGCAAAUCACCGGGGGUAUCUUUUCGUGUGCCGGUCGGGAUAAAGCAACCUCCAUCAUUCACCCGUGCCUCCACAUUGCCCAUCGCAUCUUGGUGUGUAUAGUUUUUGCCCGUAAAGAAGCUGGUCAGGUCACCAAAACUGAGCUCCUCUUCCUUUGGUGUAUGACGCGGCGUGCAAACCCGCCAAUCCCGGACUUUGCUUCGUUCUUUUUCCACAAAUGUGCACUCAUGAGAACCAAAACGUCCAGUGAUAUUUGCAUUUGGGGAUUUGUCACCCUUUUGGCUCGUGGUCUUUUAAGCUUACUUGCAGGAAUUAUCGAAGACUAUUUGUCAUUGGAGGCGUGGAAGGAGUGCGGGACUUAUGGACACUUGCGGUUUGCUUGUGGAUUUGAAGUGGUGCGAUUAAGCUUGGUGCUUGCAUAA